ACAUCAUUCCGUAGUGAAAAAGAUUUUAAAUAUUCUCCUGCUCAAUGGAGGCCCUUGAUAUACUCGAAAAGCGAAUAGAUGCGCUAACGCGGGUACUUGGCGGUGUUCCGGAAACAAAUCCCCCCGGCAGUGAAGCUGGUGAUGGCCACAAAACUGUUAACAUUGUUGACUCUCUCUGCUCAGCUAACGCCUUGCUCACGGAAGCGACGACAGGACGCACACAGCUGCAGAAAAUGGUGGGCAGGGCUGGAGAGCUCGAAAAAUAUCUGGAUCCUAAUUUCUUGGAGGAGCAGCAGCAGGUACGCUCUAAAGAGGUCUAUCUUAAUGCCGUUGCGCCCGAGUUGCACACACAAAGCGAACAGCUACAACACAUCAAGAAACUGGAACCUGCUCUAGGUGCUGAAUAUUUCCGCAGCAUACCUGGCGAGUGCUUAGAUAAGCUCAAACAAAUUACGCAGAACAACGGCGAGUAUGCGCAGCAGAGCGAACUGAUCGAGGAAAGCCUAAUACUGGCUAUGAAACGCUACGGCGAGAUACAGGCGGAUCUGCUGAGUUCCCUGGACGUUAUGAGCGAGAGAUUGGACCAGGUGGAGCAACGUGUAGAACAAAAAAAACGGGCGGACUUGGCAAAGGAUGUUCCGGCGAAAGAUUGAGCGUGAGAACAAAGAGACAAGAGAUUGCUGAAAGUAUUUUCUGUUAGACAUUUUUAAUUGGUAUUGGGAAGAGCUGUCGUCUAUCGCCUGUAAGUUUAUUUUAUUUUAUACGUAUGUACUAGCACAAUAAAUGAGACUCCAAAGUAA